AUGUUCUCAAAAUGUAGAACUGACGCGUUUAGGAAGAUGUCUAUGAAAUGUUUCGCCCUUAGUUAUAAUAUAAAAAAGGAAGAAAGAUUGUUGGAGAUGCACAAGUCCAAUUUCGUAGAAAACGGCACUAAUAUUAAUUUUCGUUCAUCAGUGAAGGCGAGCGAAGCAAACUCCACAGAAAGUCUGAAGUCCGGCUUUAGCCGGAUGUUCAGACUGAAGGCCUUCGACUCAUUUGAGACGGAAGCGGUCGUGGAAGCCUUGGACAACCAAGGCGUCCCUACUCAGUACAUAAAGGUACUUCGAGAGUUGUACAGUAACUUCACGACCGGAAUUUCGCCAUUCUACAAGAACAUCAUCAUUGACGUGAAGAGGGGGGUCCGACAGGGUGAUACAAUUUCACCCAAAAUAUUCACAGACACCCUCGAGAACGCAAUGCGAAAGUUGAAAUGGGACUACAUGGGAGUGAAAGUUGAUGGUCGGCAGCUACACCAUUUGCGCUUUGCUGAUGACGUCGUACUGAUAACACCUAGCAUCAGCCAAGCGGAACGAAUGCUGACCGAAUUCGACGAAACAUGUGGAUGCAUCGGUCUUCAGCUGAAUCUACAAAAGACGAUGUUCAUGCGGAACGGAUGGGUGCCCCAUUCACGCUCAACGGAACGAACAUAUCCGAAUGCACCAGCUACGUUUAUCUGGGUCGGGAACUGA